AUGACAAUCCAGCUCCCUAGCCGAAUAACAUUUGAAGGCCCCGAUACGGUCCGGAAAUGGGGCGACGCGGUGCGACUUCGCAGGGAAGUGGAAGCCAUGACCUUCGUCCAGCGCGAGACCUCCGUCCCCGUCCCUACGAUCCUCGAAGUCUACUUUGAUGAUCAGUCCAAUGAAGACAAAUGCUGGAUUCUCAUGGAACGAUUGUCGUACCUGGAACAGCUCCAUCAUCUUCGUCUCGCUGAUGCCGGGGUCAUCGGAUCGGUUUCAGGGGGCGCGGCCUUUGACCAUCGACUGAGCAAUAUGCAUACACGCGGGCCUUUUGCUUCCGUUGCUGACUUUCACGACUUCCUCGUCGCCCCUGUCAAACAAUCACCACGUCCCGGAACAUUCGCGAAGUACAGGGCGCAAUUCCCCGGUACGUACGAGAUACGAUUCGCCCAUGCAGAGCUUUCGUGGGAGAACAUCCUCGUGGACGCAUCAACUGGAAAGAUCACCGGUAUUUUGGACUGGGAGAUGGCCGGGUUCUGGCCGGAAUGGUGGGAAUACAGGAAAGCAUUGUUCGGUUCGCGAAGUCAGCCGUGGUGGAUCCAAGUACUCAAACCAAGUCAUGACGGAGUACGCACGAGAAACAGAAAUUGA